AAGAGACCAUGUUCGUUCUAAGACAAGAAGGCUCAUCUUAUUCAAGGUUGCUUCUCCUCCUCCUUCUAGUACUGUUACUACACCGUUUUCUCAGCUCUGUUCCUCACAAUGCUUCGUGCUCAAAGGGUUUUCAGGGAGCACAUCAUCCGAAGAGUCCGGAGGUAUAUUAGAAGGCUUAACUCCUGGCUAUUGAACUCAUGGAUGCAGUCUUAUUUGGAAGAGAUUGAGGAUUGCAAGAUUAAGGUGUUUGAUAAACUGACUGCAAAAGCAGAGAAGGUGUUGGAGAUUGGUAUUGGGACUGGUCCUAAUAUGAGAUACUACGCUGCUCGUAAUAUGAACGUAACUGUUCUUGGGUUGGAUCCAAAUCCCAAAAUGAAGAAGCACGCACGCAAAUCCGCUGCGAAAGCAGGAUUGAAACCUAAAAGCUUUAAAUUCAAGCAAGGAGUAGGAGAAGCUAUACCACUAGAUGAUGAUUCUAUGGAUGCAGUCGUUGCAACACUUGUUCUAUGUUCUGUAUCUGAUGUCACUAAAACACUCAACGAAAUCAAAAGGGUAUUGAGACCAGGAGGGAUUUUCAUCUUCUUAGAACAUGUUGCAGCAAAAGAUGGAUCGUUCUUCAGGCGUUUGCAGAAGCUGUUGGAUCCAUUGCAGCAGAAAUUUUCAGAUGGAUGCCAUUUGACAAGAAACACAAGAGAGUGCAUCUUGGAAGCUGGUUUCAGUGGCGGUGCCGAAAUAGAGACGGUGUCUAUCUAUAGCUUCCCGUGGAUAACAAGACCUCAUAUCUAUGGAGUUGCUUACAAGUAAAACUAAUCAACUCUUUAACACUACAAUGUCUAAGAUUUUUUAUGACUGCAAUUGUAACUGAAUUUUCAUUACUGAAAAAGGAAAUGAGAAAGUUUAU